CUCAGUGGUUCUGAACCCGUGGAACAAGAAGAGGACAGCAGCACAGAUACUACACAAAGACACAAGAUAAGAUGUUCUUGGUCCUGUCCGUGUGUGUGCUGGUUCUGGUGCUGAGAGGAGAAGCUCAGGACCACCAGGCAUCUCUGUGGAGGGGGAACGACCGCAGCGGGCGAUGCCAGUACACCUUCACCGUGCCCAGCCCCUCUGAGGCCAGCUGCCCCCAGCUCGGAGCCUCAGAGGUGGAGGGCCUGAAGGCCCGGCUCGGUGUGCUGGAAGCCCUGCUGACCCAGCUCACUGGGAAACACACGCUGUCACCGGGGGGCCACCGGGACACCGGGGGUCACGCUGAGCUCCUGGAGGCCCUAAACAGAGCUGUGGGUGAGAAGAACCGGCUGCAGGGGGAGAAGGAGCGUCUGGACAGAGAGCUGGGGGGGCUUCAGCGCAGGAUGGAGGACAUGAGGAGGGAGACAGAGAGGCUGAGGAGCAGACAGUGUCCUCCUCAGACACCUGUGGUCCAAAGCAGCUCCUCUCAGCAGGACAGGAACCCAGUCAGACCCGCUGCUGAAACACUGGAGUCCGGCCAGAGAGGAUCCACUUCAUGUUUCUGAGCAGAACCUGCUGCUUUAUGCUCAGUGUUUCCCUCAGCGUGGGUCAAACAGCCUGAGUGGAGGGAAACAGUUCUUCUGUACGUUUAACUUCCUGUCCUCGCUCUCAUCUCUGCUGCUCCUCCUGGAGCUCAGCGUCAUUUAAUAUUUCACUGAGACGACCAGAGAGCUCAACCUUUGCUUUCCUACAAAACCAGGAGGAAAUACGCUCCUUUAUCCUCUGCUCGUCUUCACCUGCAGACUGAAUCCACAGAGAGGGCCACUGAGGGGGGCCGGCAGAUGGGUCCGACUCAGAGGYGACAUAAAUCAAACCAGCAGUUUGUUAGUAACUGUUCAACACAGACAAGAGGAUGCUUUUCUUGCUUUAACUGCUGCUUUUCACUGGAACACAACYUUCUGAUUUCACGUCUACAACACCAUGUUGGUAUCUGUGGCAGUGGCGUCACUAGGCCUA